AUCUUGCCUUGUGAAUUGGAUUCCAAGAAAAUUCACAGAAAUUUCUACAAUUCCCUUUGCUUCUCUCGUACUUUAUUCCAAAACUUCACUGAAUGAGUUAAGAAUCAAAAGCAAUUCCUCCCAUUUCAAAGAAUUAGGGUUUUCUUUGAAGAGGAAAACACAUAACAUUGAUGGCGGAGCUGGGAGGAAUUGCUUUGGAAGCAGCCGUGGGUGAAUUACUCUCAGUUGUUUUGGAUGUGACAAAGAAAGCCAUCAAGUUCAAGUCCAUAUUGAAGGACCUGGAAUCAACGCUACAAAAAAUCGAACCAGUGUUUGCUGAGAUCGAAAAGCUGAACAAAGUGUUGGAUCGUCCUGCUCAAGAAACCGAAAUGUUCACUGAUCGGUUAAAAAAAGCUCAGAAGCUUGUCUACAAGUGCUCCAAAAUUCGAUGGUGGAAUUACUGCAAGAAGCCCUUUUAUGCACAGAAGCUCAUCGAUUUGGAUGCUUCAAUCUUGAAGUUCUUCCAAAUCGAGGUUCAAGCUCAGAUGUCUGUGGAUAACAAGAGGAUUCUGGUGACAGUGAAGGAAAUAGAUGCAAAAUUGGAUGGAAUGAGGCCGGGGAUGAUGAAAGGGAGUGAUCUGGGUGUGUUUGUUGGUCCGUGUGGAGUUCCUGGAAUUCGGGAUCAUAUUUUUGGAUUUGAUGUGCAUCUUCAAGAAUUGAAGAGGAGGCUGUUAAGGGAUGGUGUACAGGUGGUGGUGCUUUCGGCUCCUGGAGGGUGUGGGAAGACUACAUUGGCGAAAAUGCUCUGUCAUGAUGUUGAAAUUAAAGGCAUAUUUAGAGAGAACAUUUUCUUUGUCACGGUUUCAAAGACACCCAACCUCAGGGUCUUUGUUCAGAAUAUGUUUCGACAUAAGUCUUUUUCGGUGCCUGAGUUUCAAAAUGACGAUGAUGCACUCAACCAACUAGAGAUCUUGCUACUGAAGCAAAUAGGACCAGAUCCUGUAUUGUUGGUCAUGGAUGAUGUGUGGUCUGGAUCAGAAUCCCUUAUUCAGAAGUUCAUGUUCCGAAUACCAGGAUACAAAAUAUUGGUUACAUCAAGAUCUGAAUUUCCAAGAUUUGAUUCUACAUAUAAAUUGGAACUAUUGGAUGAUCAAGAUGCCAUGGCUCUUUUUUGUCACUCAGCAUUUCCGCAGGGUGAGAGCGUGAACAUGCCAGAUGAUCUUGUCCACGAGAUAGUGACAGGAUGUGGGGGAUUCCCACUGGCCCUUUCGGUGGUUGGCGGAUCACUCUGUCGACAGCCUGAGGUCAUCUGGAGACGUACAUUGAAGCAAUGGUCUGAAGGACAAUCCAUUUUUGAUUCCAACACUGAUCUGUUUAUUCGUCUGAAAACUAGCAUAGAUGCCUUGGAUGAAAAGGAUAAUGUCAAGGAGUGUUUCCUGGACCUAGGUUCAUUUCCUGAAGAUCAAAGAAUCCCUGUCACGGCUCUUAUGGAUAUGUGGAUGGAACUGUACAACUUGGACGAAGACGGGGUAUGCGCCCUUGCCAACAUCCAUGAACUAUCCUCCCGAAAUUUGGUUAAUCUUGUGUUUACAAGGAAAGAUUCAAGUGACAUUGAUGGCUACUAUAACGAGCAUUUUGUCACACAGCAUGAUCUGCUCAGAGAAUUGGCUAUCCACCAGAGCAGCCAAAAGCGCAUAGAACAGAGGAAAAGAUUAAUUAUGGAGAUGAGAGGAAAUGACCUCCCCAAGUGGUCCACUGAACAAAUACAACCCUUUCAUGCCUGCCUCUUGUCUAUCUCUACAGAUGAAACAUUCUCCUCAAGCUGGUAUAGCAUGCAACUACCUGAAAUUGAAGUUAUAAUAUUGAACUUCCGGACAAGAAACUACAGCCUGCCCAAAUUCAUGGACAAAAUGGACCGUCUGAAGGUUCUCAUCAUUACAAAUUAUGGUUUCCAUUCAACUGAACUAAGCGAUUUUCAGCUACUUGGUCAUUUAUCCAGUCUGAAGAGAAUCAGACUAGAGCAUGUUUCAAUUUCUUUCCUUAGUGAAUCCACAUUACAGUUCAGGAAUUUGCGGAAGAUAUCCUUGAUUUUGUGUAAAAUUGGCGAGACCUUUAGGAAUUGUACGGUCGAAUACACCUAUAUGUUCCCAAAUCUUGUGGAGAUUGAUAUUCAUUGUUGCAGUGAUCUAGUGGAACUGCCUGAGGGGCUCUGUGAUAUUAUCUGCCUUAAGAAGCUCAGCAUCACUAAAUGUAAUGACCUGGAUGCACUUCCCCAAAGACUUGGAAGACUAACAAAUUUAGAAGUGCUGAGGCUUCAUUCCUGUACAGGACUAAUGGGCUUGCCGGAUUCAGUUGGAAACCUCCAUAAAUUAAGGUUCCUCGACAUAUCUGACUGUUUAUACAUAAGCCAAUUGCCGACACGGAUAGGUGAGCUGUGUGGUCUGAAAAAGCUCGACAUGAGAGGCUGUGAACUGCGUCAGUUGCCAUCAUCAGUCAAGGAUCUUGGGCAAUUAAAGGAGGUGAUAUGCGAUGAAGACACUGUCGAUCUUUGGGAACCUUUUAAGAUUCAUCUUAAUAAUCUGAAGGUAACUGUGCUUGAGGAGGACAAAAAUUUAAACUGGCUUCCCAAUAUCCACCAUUGAGAAACCUCAGCACCACCUACCCUCACUAAAUUGCAGCAUCCCACUACUAGGACCAUUGCCAUUUGACAGCUGCCAUUGCCACAUCCAUCUUAUUUGGGGCAUACUUUGCAACUUCACCAUCAGUGUCUCAACAUUUAAAGUGAAACACACUACUUACUACCUCUGCUUCGAUGUUGAGAAACACCAUUGCUUCUUACCAUUGUUGUGAUUUCCUUGAUGUUGCGCGCACACAGUUAGUUACGAUGAUACUGAUAAGUGACCUGUGCAACAAUGUCAAUGCCUGUUCUUGGUUGAUAGCAAAGUCUAUGCCUCUCAUUGUCAAACCAUGAAGUCUUCAGUUCACAAGAUCCAUUUUGGAAUUGAAACCAUGACUUAAAUGUAGAGAUGCAUCAAGUGAAAUAAGUACAUAUAAUGUAUGAAGAGAUGCUCUAAGAGCGCUCCGCUAUCAACAAAAAAAAAGUACUUUAACACCCACGCUUUCUCUCCUCUCCCCUCUCCCCUCUCCCGCUUAAUGUGACUUAGUUGUAUCUCUCUUACCUCUCUCCUCUCAUUUAUGAGAACUUUUAAUUGACCAUCGUUACAUCAAAACCAAAGAUUAAUGAUGAAAAUUUUACAGAUUUAGAUU